AUGAACUUGGUCGCGACGAACGAUAAGGAUGAGAUUUAUGAGGAUCCUGAGUCUACUGAGGAUGAUGAGAGUGAGGACUCGGAUGAUAUGGCUGCGAGUGUGGAGGCAGCAGUGAAGCAGGAAGAGGAGAUAGUGACCAUGGAGGCAGCAGCAGUAAACGGUGGAGAUGGAGACGAUGUCAACACUUUUGCAGCAGCGAUCGUGGUUGAAGAUGAAGCAGUAAAUGCGAAGUGUGUGGGAGUUGAAGCUGUGAAAGGGGACAUCAUGGUGAAAGGAUCAAAGGCGAAUGCAACUGCAAAGGGGCAAGUGCUUAAGGAGGAUGAACGCGUUGAAGGGUACGAGACCCGAGAGGUGUUGGGUGUAAAGAUGCCGAGGAGAAGUGAGAGGCUUAAGAAAAUCUCUCAAGGUUUGGAUGUCAAGGCGCUCAACUUCAAGACACCGAGUCACCUGGAGGGCGUGGGAGCCCAGAAGCCGCUGGUGGGCACGCUGAUGACCAUCAGCAACCGCGCUUUCACCUUCUACCCGCUCCGCCGAUGUGUCGCCAUUCCAGCCGACAGGAAGGCUGUUGCUGGUGGGGAGAGGGAGAUGCAGGUGUCGUGGCAGCAGGGUGGCCAGAUUUCUUGCAAGACGAUCGAGUUCUUCCAAACUUCUGGGUGCAAAGGAGAGGCGGUGGACAUUCUAGAGCGAGGCAAGCAGAGAUACAAGCUGCCCCUGGCAGUGAAGUCCACCCGCUGCGUCUCCCGAAUAGCAGCAACUGCCAGCGACACAUCAGGAUUGGGCGUGUGUGGCCGCGACAGAGUCAACCCUUGUCGGGCAGGCACGUGCAUAGAUGGCGGCACCCAGAGUUACACCUGCAUUUGCCAGCCCAACCACCGCUCUCUUGGCGACUCUUGUGGUCGGGAGCUGCUGGUGUAUGAGAGGCAACAACCCUGCACGGCCUUCUACCACAUCCAGCCUGAUGACACCUGCUCCUCCGUGGCUCAGCUUCUCGACAUUUCCAAUGAAAACCUGCAGACGAUCAACCCCGGCGUUAACUGCGCCACACCCCUCCCUGCGUUCCACUCUCUGUGUGUGGAGCGCAACCCAGCCAAGGCUGGGCCCACAUUUGUGGAGGAGGGAAAAAUCAGCAAAGUCGUCAACUUCAAGAAGGUCGCCACAUACUUUGGAAUCACCCUCAUGGACCUCUGCAGGCUCAAUCCCUGGCUCUCCUUCCGCGAUUCCCAGGGCAGCAAUGAUCCUAUUUGCGUGGAUGCCGAAUACAGCCCACCCCCUGCCAGCGACACCAACAGCAAGGCUCCUUCUGAGUACCCAGACUCACAAAGCUCAGCCAUGGGCGUGUGUGGCCGCGACAGAGUCAACCCUUGUCUGGCGGGAACAUGCAUUGACAGUGGCACCCUGCACUACACCUGCGUCUGCCCGCCCAACCACCGCUUUGGUGGCAGAUUCUGUGGUGAGCUCGCUGCUCGCUCUCUGCCACCAACACCCUAUCCGAAUGUGGAGGCUAUUUCGUCCAUAACGGUCCAAGGCAGCGACUGGAGGUGCAAGGACGUGUACAGCAUGUAUGGCCUCACGCUGAACGAUUUUACCACCAUGAACGAGGGUGUCGACUGCGCCGUUCUACUUCCUGAAGGUCGCGAGCUCAUUGUGCACGAGCUGCUCGAACAAGUUUCACCUUGCUCCGCCUUCUACUACAUCCAGCCCUGCUUCUCGGUAAUUCCUCCCUGCACUGCACUUCAUCUUCACCCUCACUCCUUCGUCCUUGCAUCAGGCGUUCCAAGCAUUACACUACCUCCAUCACAUGUAGCCGCAUCCUCGUUCACCCCCAUUUGCCACCCCUUUUCCUACUCAACCUCCCUCUAUUCUACUCCCCUUUUCCUUUCCCUCCCACAGGGUGACACAUGCUCCUCUGUCGCUCAGCUUCUCGACCUCUCUUAUGAUAGCAUGCAGCAGCUCAACCCCGGCGUAAAGUGCUCCUCAUUCCUUCCCGCGUUCCGCUCUCUGUGUGUGGAGCGCAACCCAGCCAAGGCCAGGCCCACAUGUGUGAAGAAGGUGGUGAUUGGCCAAGUCGUAGACUUCAAGGAGGUUGCCGCAUACCAUGGAACCACCCUCUUGGACCUCUGCAGGCUCAAUCCCUGGCUCUCCUUCCGUGAUUCGCAGCGCGAUAGUGAUCAGGUAAUUUUGCACAUAUAG